CUAAGCCCAUUCAUUGCCUGUCAUGCACACGUCAGGGAUGGCCGUGGGUGUGAGAAUCAACAUCCCCGCCCUCCCUAGCUGGGGUGAACCAUUGCUGCUUCCACUAGCGCUCUCGGUAAAGUCGGGCUUAUAGGAACUUGUUGGCGAUGUCUUUUCUGCCUUUCCCCCCUCAUUUUCACAGCAAACUCUUUUAAGAUCUACGAUUUCCAAUGGUUUUACUAAUUAUAGGAUGGGACUUAUGUUGAGCGGCAAAUACAUUUCCUUGAUUCUCGCUGUACAGCUCGCGUAUGUGCUGCAGGUGGUGAGAGCAACUGGGAAAUGUGAUGCAGUUUUCAAGGGCUUCUCUGACUGUUUACUCAGGCUGGGCGAUAACAUAGCUAACUAUCCCCAGGACCUGGAUGACGAGCAAAACCUGCAAACCAUCUGCUCAUACUGGGACAAUUUCCAUGCUUGUGCUACAACUGCUCUUGCAGAUUGCCAGGAAGGGGCAACAGAUGUUUGGGGAAAACUGAAAAAGGAGUCGAAAAAACUGGAGUUUCAGGGCAGCUUAUUCCAGUUGUGUGGUGGUAGCAACGGCUCUCAGCGUAGCCUUCAACCACAGUGCUCGUGUUUUAUUUUACUGAUCUUAGCUCUGUCCGCCGUAAUGACAUGCUGGUGGGUAACCUUAUAGGAAAGCAGAAGCUCUGUCCUUGCACUUAGUCCGGAUCUAGAACUCCAGCGGAGUUGGGGGUUUCCUGAACUCAUUCCUGAGUCAUCUGCGAGCGCUCUACAGUCCAUCCAGGAUAAUGUGCGGAACUAUUUCUUUUGUCCAGUGUUAAGAGACAUUGAGAGGAAGAGCCAAAAACUGGACCGACAGAUUUCCUUCCGUCUAAACAAAAUCAUAAUCAUUCACAUCUGAAGAAAGAAACCUUUGAGCUCGUUAUCGAGGGAAACUCAGGAACGGCCUCGGGCCAGGUAAUCGCACAGUAAUAGUAUUAAUAAUUGAUAAGAUGGGGUCUUCAUUUUCGCAAAAAAAUCGCGGAAACGAAACGAAACUGUAAAGCAAUGGAUAUGGUGUUCACUUUGUGCAACUUUCGGUCAAUAAUUUUCACCGCAUUUACGUUUUUCCAGGAACCCUUUUGAACAUGUUAUGUACUUUAAUCGUGACUAUCUGAAGAAACCAUGAAUGCAGAAUUUAAGUUGGUGGGAUUUUGCAUUACCUAAUGUUACAACUAGCAGUGUCCAUUCCCCAUCACACUGCCUGAAGUUCCUUUCCCUCCACUAUGUUUGGAAGAUACAUGUACAAUAAGUAUUCCGAACACACACACACACACACACACACACACACACACACACACACACACACACACACACACGCAGGGUUUAAUGUUUAAAUCUGUGUCAUACAUUUGAGAAAUCUAGAAAAAAUAAAUAUUUUAAAAUGUAACAAAAUUUAUUAUAUAGGCUAAUCAGAGAAAAGAGAAGAUAUUUGCUACAGAGUAUACUAACAAGUAUUAAAUAAAAAUCUUGUUUGAA